AUGGCGUCUCCAACGCGUUUGUUUUUUAGCCCUUCAAAGGCCUUACACUCGAUUUCGCCAGAACGGAUGAAUCAACAAAGUGUGCCCGGAACGCCCACUCUACCCUCCGAACUCUUAUCACUCCACCAUAAAAGUACAAAAGGAGUCUCUGAGGUUCAAGCCAAGGUCGCAUUUCUAAAUCGACUGGCAAAGGGUGGUGCUAAAGGCGGCGACGCGGCUUCCCCCACAGCAACAAACAAUGCCGCGCUUCAACGGGCCAUCAUCGGUCGCGAAGAGGCCGAGUCAUGCUUGGAAUCAGUUCAAACAGACCUUGCCGAAUCACAGUCACGAGAACGACGUAUCAGCGAACGACUCGACUCACUGAUGGAAGAAUUACACAGCGCCAAAGAGCGCCAAAUCCAAGAACGGUCAAUCUUCGAAAAAGAGAUCCGAAAAUCCCGCAAAGAAGCCUUCCGCGCAAGUUCCACGGUAGUCAAACUGCAGGAGGAGCUGAACAAUGCGAAAUCAGAAACCAGGUCCUUAAGAGAUGAUGUCGCGGCAGAGCGUCAGUCCAAAGAACGGGCGAAACAAGAAUCUUUCGAACGCGCCUACACCAUUGCCGGUCUUUCAGAAGAACUCGAGGAUCUAAAGGGAAAACUGCGAUCUAUGGAAGCUGCCAAUCACGCUAGUAGUCUACAAGUCAAGGCCCACCAGAUGCGCGGCCAAAACGCCGGGCGGAUCUCGAUAAGCGAGGGUGAUCUCGCGUUUCUUGCGACUCCACGACGACCGAAGCGAGCCGCCGAGGACGACUUCAGAACCCCUGCGUCAGAAUAUGAGUCUGCUGAUGCCCAUCAGGAUACGCCGCCAAAGCGACAGCGUCUAUCGGAGAUUAUGCCAGCUGCAGAUAUGGACAUUGAAGUCACCAACGAUCCUUCCGGUCUCAAUUUUGAAGCCAUGGAGGAACUACAAGAUGAAUUGGACAUUGAACGUCGUCGGAGAGUUGACGCUGAGGAAAUGAUUACCUUCAUGAACAUUGAGUGCCAAUUUAAACGGUGCUCUUGCCGAGUUGCCGAGCGUGAGGGUCGCCGUUACGUUUUCGACGCAGACUACUUUAACAACAUUCAAAGGCCCCAAUUGAACGCUGACACUCAGGCCCGAGUGAGAGCUGAGGUUGAAGCUAGAGCUCAAGCCCAGGCGGAAGCUGAGGCACGGGAGCAAGAAGACGCCAGAAGUCAAGCACAGGCCGAGGCUGAUGCCCAAGAAAUAGAAGAUAGAGCCCGUGCACAAGCUGAAGCUGAAGCACGAGAGCGCUCAGAAGCUAGAGCUAAAGCUCAAGCGGAAACGGAUGCACGAGAACACGCAGAAGCUAGAGCCCGCGCACAGGCGGAAGCCGAAGCACGGGAAAAAGCAGAAGCACAGGCAAGAGGUAAGGCUGAAUCCCGGGCUCGUGCUGAGGCUCAAGCUAAGGCACAAGCACAGGUGCAAGCCGAGGAACGAGCGAAAGCCGCUCGAAAGGCCAGGACCUUGCAACUUGACAUUCACUCAAGCCAUACGCCCGAAUUCGAACCCCCACCGCACCACAACCUUUUCCAUAACCCUAGGGUCAAGCAUGAACUAACAGCGCCACCCGAAGUGAUGCUGAUGCCUGAAGAGCCGUUAGUCACUUUCUCGCCAGAAACGGGCACCUUUAAGACCUUCCCUUCUCCUCUGAGGGACAAUUUCUGGCCCCGACGCACCGAGGACAUGUUUGGCAGCCCCGAAUCACCCAUCCCACCACCCCAUGCCCUUAACCAAUGGCAGAACCCAGAAACCGCAAAUAAUGAAGAUAUAGAGGAGUCAUUUACUCCAAGUAGUAACUCUCGAUCGUCUGGAAUGGCCCAGAUUAUUUCCGACGACUCCUAUGAAUCAGACCAAAAGCAGGGCGAGAUCUCUCCCGACUUCAACCCCUGCAGAGAAGAUGUCGAAAAGAGCGCGUACCACUCUAAACCCUCCACUCAACCCUCAACCACUAUGAUGGCUCCUCUUCGCGAAGGCACCGUGUCAAAGCCCUCUUCUUCCAUUGUCCCUGAUGCGCCAAUCAACCGCGAACAAGCCUUGGCCCAGAUCAGAGCGCGACGUGGUCGUGCUCGCACCAAUCGAUCAGUGAGCGCGUAUGAGCCAACUGGACGAAAUGCCGCGCCUGCUGCAACCACAACCACGUCCACAACAGCUCGAGGCGGUCCUCGACGCAUCCCAAAUCUCCGCACAGACGCAAAAACCGAGAAAGAUCGGCGAGACAUAAGUGCUCCCGUUCGUAUGUUCCGACGGUAA